CUUUGUGCUUUGUGCUUUGAAACCACUGCUUAACUACCCUUCCCGCCUGGGAAUGUCCCAAAAUCCAAAUGAAGAUAUCAACCAGAAAGCUCAUAUCUUUAACACACCCUUCUCUCAAUCUUUGGCAUCCAACUGUCGAUUGUUUCACUUGGAAUACUCUCAUCAGAGCCUAUGUUCAACGAACUCAUCAACCUUCAAGCCCCACCUAUCAUACCCCACUCUCCAUCUUCCUCCGAAUGCGCUUCCAUGGCGUCCAUAUUGAUUACUACACCUUCCCUUUCCUCCUCCAGUCCGUCCAUUCUCCACCACACCUCCAAUUGGGACGAUCCAUUCACUCACAGGUUCUUGUUUUUGGUUUUUCAUCCGACCCAUUUGUCCAAACCUCGUUGAUCAGUAUGUACACUGCUUGUGGCGAUGUGGGGUCUGCACGAGAUGUGUUUGAUGAAAUGUCUCAACCGGAUUUGCCUGCGUGGAAUUCUAUUGUUAAUGCGAACGUGAAAGCGGGUUUGCUUAGUGUUGCGCGUGAACUGUUUGUUAAAAUGCCAAGCAGAAAUGUUGUAUCUUGGAGUAGUAUGUUGGAUGGUUAUGUGAGGUGGGGUAAGUGUGAAGAAGCAUUGGAGUUGUUUAAUCAGAUGAUGAAGGAAAAUGAGGUUAUGCCUAAUGAGUAUACCAUGGCUAUUUUGCUUGCGGCGUGUGAGCAGUUGGGUUCACUUGAACACGGGAAAUGGGCUCAUGCUUGUGUUUACAAACUCGGGAUGGAGAUUAAUGUUGUUCUUGGGACUUCGUUGAUUGAAAUGUACGCUAAAUGUGGGAGUAUAGUCCGGGCAAGAUUAGUUUUUGAAAAUUUGGGUCCAAAGAAGGAUGUAAUGGCUUGGAGUGCCAUGAUCUCAGGUCUUGCUAUGCAUGGACACUGGGAAGAUUGUCUCUGUUUGUUCUCAAAUAUGGUUGACAGCGGAGUAAUGCCUGAUGAUAUCACGUUCUUGGGUGUUCUUUCUGCUUGUGUACAUGGAGGAUUGGUAAACCAAGGGAAGGAAAUGUUUGAGAGGAUGAGUAAAGAGUUUGGUAUUUCGCCUUCAGUUCAGCAUUAUGGUUGUAUGAUUGACCUUUAUGGCAAGGCUGGUUUGAUUGAUGAAGCGUGGAAUCUUCUGAAUACAAUGCCUAUGGAGCCAGAUGUGCUUAUUUGGGGAGCUCUUCUUAGCGGAGCCAGGAUAUGUGGAGAUAUUGAAACAUGUGAGAUUGCACUCAACAAAAUAAUAGAGCAAGAUCGCACAAAUAGUGCAGCUUACGUUCUUCUCUCCAAUGUCUAUGCUAAGAUGGGUCGCUGGAAAGAUGCUAGGGACAUCAGAAACCUUAUGGAGACAAUGAAGGUACAGAAAGUUCCUGGGCGUAGUUCCAUAGAGGUCAAUUCAGCUAUCCAGUAGAACUAGUUUACGUUGAAAUGAGUAUCAGGCAGGCACUAGUAAAUCAUGUGAUGCUCAAGGAUACUCUGCGCGGGUUCAAGAUGGACGGUUUUAUGCAGACGUUACACAAGGUACUGCUAAAUUUGAAUGAGGAAUGAAAGAAUUUAGCAGUUUUCACUUCAUUAUAAGAACAUGGCAAUUUGAAUUCUCCGUGCUAAUACUGUAACAUGGUUUGGAU